AUGUCCCUCCUAACAAAAGCCGCCCUCCUCCUCGCCGUCGCCGGCUCCGCCCUCGCCGCGCCGACCAACCCCGGCGGUUUCAAAACCCAUGUCUCUGCCACUCCCGUCAGCAACCACGUCCCCGGCCACGGCACCCAUUUCCAGCUUCCCGAGCAUCUCAAGGCCCGCAACUCUGUCGACUCAAACUCCGUCAACUCCAUCCCCGGCGGCGAAGUCCCUGGCCACAGCACUAAGGCCCCGGAGCCUCAGACGCUGUAUACUAACCAUACUUAUGUGCCUGUUGAGGCUUACAACAAUACCAACACCAACACUGUCUCCAAGCGAAAUGCGGCCGAAGCGAAAAAGCAUAUCCCAAUGCUCCACCGCUCUUCCACCCCCUACAUCGACCAAGCAACAGGCAUUACCUUCCAACGUUUCCACGACGCUACUUCCCAAUUCUCCUUUGCGCUUGCUUUAUCCAGCUUACCUUCCGCUUCUGCCACUGGUUCCACCGAUCCCACCGAUUCCCUCCUCGGCUCUUCCUCUUCCGCUGAAGAAGAAGUCCAAAACGACGCAACAGAUUUCAUCGCCCAACUCUCCUUCCCGCUCAACUCCACCACCGGUUUGGGCAGAGGAGCAGGCUGGGGAGGAAUUUCCAUUUCUUCCAAGCUAACCGCCUCUCACCUCCCUCUCUUUCUUGGUAUCCAAACCGACGGUUUCGGCAAUCUCGCCUUUUCUUCUUUCACCGAGACCGUCGCUUCUACUGGUGACGCCGCCUCAACCACCGCCGGUCAGCAGGCCACCUCCACCGGCAAAGAUCUCGCCUUCAAGAUCCGCACCAUCGAAUCCGCAACCAGCAUCAACUCCACUUUCUUGACCUACACUUUCCUCUGCGAAGGGUGCCUGUCAAUUAGUAAAUGUGCCGCCAACCUUCAGGAAUGGAAAUCUCAAGGCAAGACAAAGGUGUUGAGACUGGGUUGGGCAACAGGCGAUACGAUCGCUUCUGGCGCUGAGACCGACUCGCCUGACACUCCCGACACCCCCGACUCUCCUGACACUGCGGCCCCAAAUGCUGAGCAAGAGGAAGAGCCCGAGACUGCCAACCAGAAAAAGUUUGCGUACCACAGACUCGGGUUCGGACACAUGAAGAUUGAUCUUGAGGGCGCGUUGCAUACUGCUGAGGAGUUUAGUGCGUGGAAGGGGUUGGCUAUGACGGAGGAGGUGCGGGGGUUUGAGGGGGUGGCGCCGCCGUUUGCGCUGGAUUUGGUUAAUGGGGAGAGUAACUCUGAGGGGGCUUCCAACCUAGAGAAGACCAAGGGAGGGGAUGCUGAAAAGGAGGAGGAGGGUGUUGAGGAGGUGGAGAGUGAGAGUGCUUCGGAUUCUGACAGCGAUAGCGAUAGCGACUGCGGAUGUGAGUCGGAUAGCGACAGUGAUUCUGACUCGGAUAGCGAGGAUGAGGAGUAA